AACGCCCAUCUACCACUGCUCCACCAACAACAACAGGUCCAAGUAGGAUAACACCAUCUAUAGGAACUGGAACUGGACCAACUAGAACACCAGGUACCGGACCUACUGGGACACCUGGCACGGGACCAACUGGAACACCGGGAACUGGAUCAACUGAGGGCACACCUGGGACUGGAACACCAGUCACAGGUCCCACUGGAACACCCUCAACAGAAGCUCCUACGACAGGGCCAGGAGAAAUCAUAGCAUCACCUAUCCCUCCUAAGUGUACUAGCCAUGGCUGGACUCGAUACUUCAACAGUGAUAGCCCAGAUAACUAUAACCAAGGAGAUUAUGAGACCAUAGAGAGACUACGAAAGGCCUUCCAAUUUUGUUUCGAUGACCAGAUAGUUGGUGUUGAAUGUGUUAUUGCUGGAACAGAUGAUCCAGCUCAUACCACUGGUCAAGUAACUUCAUGUACACAAGAGUCUGGAUUUGUUUGUCGUGACGAAGAUCAACCCAAUGGUGAGGUCUGUCUUGACUAUGCUGUCCGCUUCUUCUGUUUCUGUACGCCUCCAACUGAGGUACCAACAACACCACCACGUACAGGACCAACUGAGGGAACUGGUACACCAGGAACCUCACCACCUGAGGGAACUGGCACACCCGGACCUGAGACACCUGGAACUGGAACCCCAGUUACUGGAAAACCACCCACUGGACAGCCACCAAGUGGUACUCCACCGACUGAAGGAACUAGGCCAACUGGAACAUCACCACCUGAAGGAACUGGGCCAACUGGAACAACACCAAUUGAGGGAACAGGACCAACUGGACCUCCAGGAACUGGCACACCAGGGCCUGAGACACCAGGAACUGGAACCCCAGUUACUGGUAAACCACCCACUGGACAGCCACCAAGUGGUACUCCACCGACUGAAGGAACUAGGCCAACUGGAACAUCACCACCUGAAGGAACUGGGCCAACUAGAACAACUCCAAUUGAGGGAACAGGACCAACUGGACCUCCAGGAACUGGCACACCAGGGCCUGAGACACCAGGAACUGGAACCCCAGUUACCGGAAAACCACCCACUGGACAGCCACCAAGUGGUACACCACCAACUGAAGGGACACCAGAAACUGGAAAAACUACUGAACCAACGGCACCUGCACCGACAACAC